ACUAGACGGACCUUUGUUGGCAGUGUAAUGUCUCUACUUUUGAAUAUGCUAUCCAGGUUGGUCAUAUUAGAACUCCAAAUUACAUCGCCCAAAAGGUCUAGGAGGGGCGGGGCUGUCCCACAGGAGUCAGCGAAGCGCAUGCGCAGAGAGGCGCACCCUUUCGGCUGCCGUAGCCCUCCUCUUCACGUGUUCUCCCUGUCGUCAUGGCGGCUGUUCAGAAGCCCGUGCUGCUCGGGCUUCGAGAUGCUGCAGUGCACGGCCGUCUCACGGGGCCGAGCGCCUGGACCGCAAGCAAGCUGGGCGGCGUUCCGGACGCCCUGCCCGCUGUGGCAGCCCCGAGGCCGGUGUGUGAACUGUGCCGGCAGCCGCUUGCUCUCGUGGUGCAGGUGUACUGCCCGCUGGAAGGCUCCCCUUUUCAUCGACUCCUGCAAGUGUUCGCUUGCCCUCGCCCUGAGUGCGGUAGCGGCGGGGCGCGCAGUUGGAAGGUGUUCCGCUCCCAGUGCCUGCAGAUGAGAGAGAAAGAGACUCAGGACGCUCAGAAACAGGAAAAUGGCCUCACAGCUGAGGAUUGGUGUGAAGGUGCAGAUGACUGGGGAAGUGACAGUGAGGAAGCGUCUCCACUGCAGCCUAUCUCGGAUUUUGGAAAUGAUUCGAGCAAUGCCAAGGACAGAGACUGGACCUCCCAGCUCCAGGACCUCCACCUGCAGGAUAUUGUCCCAGGUGUUGCUCCUCCUGCACCUCCUGGGGAAGGGCCGGCCUUGCUUCCUACGGUGCCGCAGUUCCUGCCCUAUUACAUCUGUGUCGUCAAUGAGGAUGACUACACGGACUUCGUCAGUCUGGACCAUGCUCAGAGCCUUCUGAGGGAGUAUCAGCAGAGAGAAGGAGUUGAUAUGGAACAGUUGCUUUCCCAAAGUCUGUCUAGUGAUGGUGAUGAAAAAUAUGAGAAGACUGUAAUUAAAAGUGGGGAUAAGAUGUUUUACAAAUUCAUGAAGAGAAUUGCUGCUUGUCAGGAGCAGAUUUUAAGGUACUCCUGGAGUGGAGAACCACUGUUUUUGACCUGCCCUACAUCAGAAGUCACUGAGCUCCCACCCUGCAGCCACUGUGGAGCCCGAAGGAUAUUUGAGUUUCAGCUUAUGCCAGCACUGGUCAGCAUGCUCAGAAGUGCUAAUUUAGAUCUUUCUGUGGAAUUCGGAACCAUUCUAAUUUACACAUGUGAGAAGAGUUGCUGGCCUCAAAAUGAUCAGGCGCCCAUGGAAGAAUUUUGUAUUAUCCAAGAGGACCCAGAUGAAUUAUUAUUUAAGUAGUGCAUUUCCUUUUAUUUAUAUAAAUUAAACUUUAAUGUUUAAAUUGUCUUUUUACCUCA